GCACUCGGCAAGGAGGGCCGCAGACACUGCCAAGAGCUGUGCACUUCGAAACCCGAAUACAAUGCGCGCAUCAUUAUUCUUCCUGGCGGUAGCCCUUAGCGCCGCGGCUGCAGAAUUGGAGGAUAGUUGCCUAGCCUGCAUGUGUUACGUAUCCAGUAGUGGCUGCGUCAUGCCAGAUGGAGUGUGCAGGAACACUGCAUGGUCAGAAGUGUGUGGACCCUGGGCCGUUACCAAGCCUUACUGGGAAGACGCCCAUAAACCAGGCGGAGAUUUUUACCCAUGCAUGGCUGACUGGGACUGUAACGAGCAGACCGUCCGGGCUUACCUGGACAGGUACGUAGAGAAUCCUUUCGCCACUUGCGAGACCUACGCCCGCACGCACUACGGGGGGCCGUGGGGGAUGAACGAGGACUACGCGACCGAUUACUGGUUACUGGUCAAGGACUGCCUGGACGACGGGCUUUUCACAACUCCUCCGAGUGUAGAGUGACACCUCGUGCUGGUGACUCAAAGAGGCUGAUCUAUGCAAAGGCUUGAAAAAUAAAUUUCCAAUACCUUA